GCCGGUUGUCAAUUUCUUGCCAGGAACGAGAAUGGAGAAGAGUGCCUUUAGAUGUGUAGAAUGUAACAAGAAUGCUUUGGAAUUACAUAGGGAUUACAGCAAUGGGAUCUUAAAGAUCACUAUAUGUGAUUCUUGUCAAAAGCCAGUUGACAAGUACAUAGAAUACGACCCUGUGAUCAUCCUGAUUGAUGCUAUCCUUUGCAAGACACAGGCUUUCAGGCACAUUCUGUUCAACACCAGCCUCAACAUCCACUGGAAGUUGUGCGUCUUCUGUCUCCUGUGUGAGGCCUACCUCCGGUGGUCCGUACUCCAGCAGGGCUCCGAGCAGAGCAGCGACCCCGCAGACAUCAUCAGAUACACAAAGGAAUGGGACUUCUACGGCAUGUUCGGAUUAGCCGCCCUCGAACUCAUGGCCUUCUGCGGCGGUGUGUUCUGCUUCCUCUGGCUGAGCGUGGGGCUCCUGGGCGCGAGGCCUCAGCCACUGGACCCCCAGCAGCUCCUGCGGGCGCUACUGCUCUCCUGCUACGGCAAGGUCCUCGUCAUCCCCGCCGUCAUAUGGGAGCACGACUACUCGCCGCUGUGCCUGGGACUCAUCAAGCUUUUUGUGCUCACCUCCAACUCUCAGGCCAUCAGAGUGGUUCUCAAUAGCAGCAGGCGUCUGUCCGUGAUGGCUGUGAUUGCCGGCCUGCUGUCGGAAACCUGCAUGGAACUGGUCUUUCAGAAGCUCCCGCACUUUCUUCCGAACAUGCUUAUCUUCUGGUGAUCCAGAUGAUGCUGCAUUAAGGUCCUUGAAUGCAGAUGGGCGGAUACAGUGGCCGACUGGGAGCAGGUGGGACUUUUUAUUUUGGCGGAACAGUUCCAGAGCUAACAUUAUUCGGCUGAACACAACCUCCCCGGCCCAUCGAGGUAGAAAAACAAUCCACUAGAUGCUUGGAAUACUGAGCCUGGAGAGCUUUUGAGGUGGAAAUCAAAGGGCAAAUCUUGUUUGGUUUUUUUUCUAUCGUUUCAUUGUUUUAAGGGAAACUCGUGUAGAUCCAUGGGAUUAGUUGGACUCCUGAUCUAAAUGACUGUUAAACCUGGUAAAUCCACAUCUUGGGUCUUGCUUUAGCCAAAUAAGGCUGAGAGCUUGCAAAUCACCCAAAUGCUGGCUCACUGUUUGGACAGGAUUCAGACAGUACUCCACGCAUUCCUCAGCCUAAUAGAAAAAUACUACGCUUAACUUCCUCUCUCCCAUGUUGUCUCUCUCUCCCAAGCAAGAAAUUGUCAUUGUGGGGGAAAUUCAAGAGGAGCUAUUCUUCUAUGGCACUAUCUUAACAAUGAGAGUUUGAGUGGCGCUUGGUGAGGGGAAACUUUAUAUGUCAUCUCAUGUUUGAGUUAUACAAGCAGAGGUUUAUCUUUUGUGAUGUAUUUAUAUUUGAAUACAUAUUUUCUCAGGAAUCUCUCCAUAUAAACUUCACUACCUAACCGAUUGAACUGAUUUAAAAAUACUUUUGGACAUAACAACAUGCAAGUAUCCUUGAAAGGUUGAAAUUGGAAACGCCACGCAAGCAUUGGGAAAGUGUGUGUGUGUGUGUGUGUGUGUGUGUGUGUGUGUGUGUGUGUGUGUGUGUGUGUGUGUGUGUGUGUGUGUGUGUGUGUGUGUGUGUGUGUGUGUGUGUGUGUUUUUGAGGUGACAACAUCCCAAUUGGUCUUCUUUGUCUAAAUGGCUGUAAUGGUUUGCUGUUUUAAAAAAAGAAAGAAAAAUAAUUCCAUCUCAUCUAUGCCAAAAUAUGCACUCUUGCACAUCACGCAUGGCUGAGUGUAUGCGUCUGCAACUUGGUAGCGCACACUACACGCCCUGCAGGUUGCAACACGUCUGUUCAGCAGAAGCAGCUGGUGUAAACAGCACACUAGUGUGGAAUGUGUGCUCCUCACCCAUGGGCGUAUCUGCACUGCGCUCCACUGCCACUGCAGAGAACGGUGUAGUCUGCAUUCCAGUUCUGCCAGAUACUAAUGGGGAAAUGAGGGAAGGUGGACUGGUCUAUCCUGAAGGGACACUGUGUGUUGUUUCAUAUAAAACCCAAUAAAUGCAGUUUAUUUUUCUUGAACCGACAGAUGGUUAAGUGUCCUUAUCAGAGACGUUAUUUUCAUAUGGUGAUCGUUGAAGAGUUUCCUGAAAGUGUAUGGUCACUUUCAGGAAACUGACUAUACUGACUUAUAGGCUAAAAUAAUUGUAUGCAGGGGCUGUGUGGCCUGCCUCGUAAGAACAAAAAUUAAAGAAAUGCCUUUCUAUAUCGUCUAAUAAUCCAACAGAUAUUCAGUACCAGGAAACAACCCAAACUAAUUUUGUAAAGGUAAAACUCUAUCAGAUGCAAAGGCAAUCCUUGUGUUUUUGGAUUGCCUUUGCCUUCAUGGAUCUAAACUGAGGUUAAAUGAGUUAUCUAGUUUAGUCUGUGCUGGUUUGGUUUCCAAAUUCAAUUUGCACAUCACUCUUAAGAGGAAUCCCCACAGAGCCAUUAAGAACCUUAUGGAUUUGCGGAAGUGAUUACCUUUUUCAGGUAAUUAAAUGCAAAUGUUCAAAUUGCAAAGCUGUAAUACAAAUAACAAAUAGGAUAUACAGAUAUACAUUUGUAUUACAAAUGGACAUUAAAAUAAAAUCUGUAAUGGACAUGGCUUGCCAAUACUCCAGUGAUUCAGGCGAAUACUGAGCUAAAAGUAAGACAGGGCAGCAAGAUCUUAUACAGAGGACUAGACCAGGAAUCAAGUCUGCCCACAUGCGCAUUGGAGAAGAGACCUUGAACUCUUGAACUGCCGAGUCAGAAGACACCUCAUGUCAAUGUACCUCGUUCUGAUGGCUUUCGCUGCUAUGGCCAAAAUCACUUCUUUGCCAUUAGAGAGACAUUAUGGUCUACAUUAUACUGGAUUCAAUGUUCACAAUAAAGCAGUAUCUGUAGAUGUAACGAUUCUGUUGCACACUUUCUCAACGUCAAUGUGUGGAGAGAGUGAAACCCUCUGUUGACAGAGUGACCUUGGAUUAUCUCUAAACCAAGAUUACAUUAAUCUGCUCCUAAUCCUCUAACAGGUGUCAUGGCCCAGAGGGAAGGAAGGAUGAAAGAGGGAUGAGAGAAAUGCAGAAAGGCAUAUUUUUCCUAUUUAUUUAUUUAUCUUCAUUCAUUUUUAAUGUAGGGUGCAAAGAGGACACGCACAACUUCAUGUUUGAUGUACAAAGGCAUUUUAACGUCUGAAUGUUUUCUGGGAUAAUUCACAUGCAAAGAAAAACAACACACUUGUAACAGGAAAGUACCAAUUCACUUUUAUUAAACUCAUUUUAAGGUAUCAUGUCUAUGAUAAGAUUACAUCAAAACAAUCUUCGAAGAAACAGUAGUAUGGUCAUUCACUGAUAACACCGCUGCUGCAAAUGCUUACAAUAAACUGAAGGAAUUGUAUCGCAAUCUAGAGCUGGGUGAUCAUUUUCAAUCGUAUAACAUUAUUAAAGUGUAUAGGUAAUGGUCAUGUUUAAAUUUGUUUUGUAUCACAUGAUUCUUCCACCAUUCCUGGUUUUUCAUUGUCCUUAUCGUUGUUCAAUGUAUGUUUUGAUACUGUUGCAUGAAGUCCCGGGGAGGUGGAAAUUUGAACGUUGUAGAGGUAUACCGGAACAGACCAAUUAAUCACCCAGCCCUAGAUUGACAUAACAAUAUAUAUAUAUAUAUAUAUAUAUAUAUAUAUAUAUAUA